AUGGCCUUCCUGCUACACCUGCUGGUCUGCAUCUUUGGAACAGGCUCCUGGGUAGCCAUCAAUGGGCUCUGGGUAGAGCUGCCCCUGCUGGUGACGGAGCUGCCUGAGAGCUGGUACCUGCCCUCUUACCUCACGGUGAUCAUCCAGCUGGCCAACAUCGGUCCCCUCCUGGUCACCCUGCUCCAUCACUUCCGGCCCAGCUGCCUUCCUGAGGUGCCCGUCAUCUUCACCAUCGUGUGUGUGGGUACUAUAACCUGCGUCCUCUUCGCCUUCCUCUGGAACAUGACCUCCUGGGUGCUGGAUGGCCACCACAGCAUUGCCUUCAUGGUUCUCACCUUCUUCCUGGCCCUGGUGGACUGUACCUCUUCCGUCACCUUCUUGCCCUUCAUGAGUCGGCUGCCUGCCCGCUACCUCAAUACCUUCUUUGUGGGCGAAGGACUCAGUGGCCUCCUGCCUGCCCUGGUGGCUCUUGCUCAGGGCUCGGGUCUUACCACCUGCGUCAACAUCACUAACACACCAGAUACCACCCCAAGCCCUGUGACUAACAGGACAAUUGGCAUCACACAGGGAGCCAGCAGCACUCUCGUGUCUGCCUUCACGGGGACUACAGCCUCCACUGUCCACCUGGAAAGCCGCUACCUCCCCGCCAACUUUUCACCCUUGGUCUUCUUCCUCCUGCUCUCCUUUAUGAUGGCCUGCUGCCUAGUCGCUUUCUUCCUCCUCCAGCGCCAGCCCAGGCACUGGGAGGCCUCCACCGAGGACCUCUUCAGCUCCCAGAUCAUCCUCCACUCCAUCCGGCCACAGGAGAAGCAGGACCUGGGUCUCCCAGGCCCAGAGGGCAGCAGCAAGGACCAGGGGCCUCUAGAGGAGGAAACAGCCCCUCUCCACCCGGUUCAGCUGACCUUCAUCUACCUCCUGGUGGCUUUUGUGAACGCACUUACCAAUGGCGUGCUGCCCUCUGUGCAGACCUACUCCUGCCUGUCCUACGGGCCCGUCACCUACCACCUGUCUGCCACCCUCAGCUCCAUGGCCAACCCUCUUGCCUGCUUCUUUGCCAUGUUCCUACCUAGCAGGUCUCUGCCAUUCCUGGGGGUCCUCGUGGUGUUCGGGACUGGGUUUGGGGCCUACAACAUGGCCAUGGCCGUGAUGAGCCCCUGCCCCCUCCUGCAGGGCCACUGGGGUGGUGAAGUCCUCAUCGUGGCCUCGUGGGUGCUGUUCUCUGGUUGUCUGAGCUACGUCAAGGCGAUGCUGGGCAUGAUCCUGCGCGACCGUAGCCGCAGCGCCCUCUUGUGGUGUGGGGCGGCCGUGCAGCUAGGCUCGCUGGUCGGAGCGCUGCUCAUGUUCCCGCUGGUCAAUGUGCUGAGGCUCUUCUCCUCCGCUGACUUCUGCAGCCUGCAGUGCUGA